GCAGCGCGCUGUCCGGGAGCCGUUGCUCCCCGGCGGCCGUUAACGUUGUUCGGCUCCCCCGAAGCCAGGCGCUGAGUGAACCCGGGUGGUGACGAGGCGUGCAGUGAAGCCAGGGCUGCGGGUGUUAACCGCCCUCCCGCUAAUUUAAAUGCUUUUUAUUACUUCUCUCCAGAAGAGAAUGAGGAAAACCUCGAAAAUCCCUGCAGAUAGACCUCGCACAGCCCUUAAAACUACAGAGGCUGAGGGGAGGAAAGGGUUUGGAACCAUCAAAAGUAGCCUUCUAGGAAGAAGCCUUAUGUGGUGUGCAAAAUCUGAUAAAAGUGGGUGCACCCUGUCCGCCCCUAACUAGGUAUUCGAGAACAGCAGCCCACAUUUCCAUUUAGCAAGGUGCCAGUCAGAAGAAGACGCUCCACAUGGGUGAAUGUCAGUUUGAUCACUUAACACUCAUUUGUCAUCUAGACCCUUCUUUCCUGACAGUUAUAAGGGACUGGUCUAUAAGUUCCUGCUCCAGUUAAAUGUUUUAAAUCUCCCAUAUAAUAUGCCAUGCUUCUUCCCAGCCCUUUCCUUUCGGGAUGAUCUGUUUAUUUCACAUUAUUUAUUCUUGAAAGAUACAUACAAAAGCCUAUCAAAACCCUUCAGGCCACAGCUCACUUCCUCUGUGGAGCCCUGAGGAUUCUUCCAAGCUUCUGGUUGCUGUUUUCUCUUUUUGCAACAAGGCCCUUUUAUACUUAACCUCCUAGAGUGUUCUAGAAACGCUGGAAGACGAACUUUGCUCUUUUCAUCUUUGCAUAUCCAGUUCCUGUGCAGACCCCUGGCACAAGUUAGGUACUCAGAAAUGCUGAAUGAGUGAUUCCUAGGAAAUAAAGGUCCAGUAUCUUUCAGGAGAGAAACUGGAAAAUCUAGCCCAACCUAACUGCCCUCUGUGACUUAACCCUUGGAGGACUGUCUAGGAUCAGGAGUCACUUGAGUGUUUCCAUUGUCCUUGUCCCUCAGAUGCUCCCCUAAAUGUGGCUCUUCCUUUCCUAACCAUGUGGAUUGUUUCCUCCUCCAGCCUAGUUCUCUCAUUUCCAAGGUUACUUCCUCCAAAUAAGCCGUUUUUAUUUAUUGCUGGCAAUGCUUUAACAUAUACUAUUUUAUGUUUUAUAAUUUACACUGCCUGUCAUUUUGGAAAACAAUUGCAAGUUUUUCACAGCACCAUACAGCUUAUAAUCAGAUUUGUGCACAGUUGCAAGUGUCUACUGACAAAAUAGAACAACAAAAAAUUUUAGAAAUGUAUUUUUUAAAUUAAGAUAGAAUGGAAGUGGACAGAAGAAAUAUCAAAGGGGGGAGCUGCAGUGCUAGCUACAAAGCAGAAAUAUUAUUGGCAGAGCACUGCGAAGAAUGAGAAGAGUCAGAAGGAAGGCCUUAUACAAACUUUCCAAAUAUUUCAUAGUAAUGGUGAAAAUAUUUUAAAUUCUCAAAACCUACCUCCAACCCGUAGAUUAUACCAAGUUAAAAUGCAAGUCUCACACCAAUCCAUAAGGAAACCCAGCCUUACUGAACUUUGUUGCUAUACUGUUUACUAACAGAGGGUAGGAAUCAAUAUGUACCAGCAUGAAACUUCAUCUUUUGAUGAAUAGCUCACAUCAAACUGUUAAGUAAAAACAAAACAAAACAAAACAAAACAAAAACUGAAGAAGUAAAAAUGUAGAAAGCAUGUUUAAAAAACAUAGAUCAGUAUGUUGGCUAUGGGUUAUCUGUGAGCUUGUUGCUGAUGAGUUGUUCAGUAACAAUAAGUCCUUCGAUAAGGAAAAUGCUAGCUAGCUCAUCAUUCUACCAUGAGAAGAGCUAAAGAAGGAGGGCAUAAAUUAUACUCUGCAUGGUUUAACUUAGAUGAAAGAAAGAAAUUACUUGCCAUCCAGUAGCCAGAAAUGCCUAAGAAACCCAGAAACAGCUCCUAAAUGCCAUGACUUUCUGGAAUUUCUGUUGCAGGACACAUAGCUUCAGUCUUUUGGCUGAUUGUCUAGAUGUUUGAUUGGAUUGGCCGCUGUUGAUUAGGCUGGACCUACAGCCACCUCACUAAAGACUGCAUUCCCAGCCCCCUUUGUAGCCGGGUGUGGCCACGUGACAACGUUCUCGCCAGCGCAAUAUGAGGUACCUCCAAAAGCAGCCCUACUUUGGAGCAGUGGUUGGCAGGGUGGCCAACCGAAUUGCCAAAGGAACAUUCACGGUGGACGGGAAGGAGUAUAAGCUGGCCGUUAACAAUGGGCCCAACAGUCUGCAUGGAGGAGUCAGGGGCUUUGAUAAGGUCGUCUGGACCCCUCAGGUGCUGUCAAAUGGUGUCCAGUUCUCGAGGAUCAGUCCAGAUGGUGAGGAAGGUUACCCUGGAGAGUUGAAAGUCUGGGUGACAUACACACUGGAUGGUGGGGAGCUUAUGGUCAACUACCGAGCUCAGGCCAGUCAGACCACACCGGUCAAUCUGACCAACCAUUCUUAUUUCAACCUGGCAGGCCAGGGUUCCCCAAACAUCUAUGACCAUGAAGUCACUAUAGAAGCUGAUGCCUUUUUGCCUGUAGAUGAAACCCUGAUUCCUACAGGAGAAGUUGCUCCAGUACAAGGAACUGCCUUUGACCUGAGGAAGCCGGUGGAGCUUGGAAAACACCUGCAGGAGUUCCGUAUCCACGGCUUUGACCACAAUUUCUGUCUGAAGGGAUCUAAAGACAAGCACUUUUGUGCACGGGUCCAUCAUGCUGGAAGCGGGCGGGUUCUGGAAGUGUACACCACCCAGCCCGGGGUCCAGUUUUACACGGGCAACUUCCUGGAUGGCACGCUGAAGGGCAAGAGUGGAGCGGUCUAUCCCAAGCACUCCGGCUUCUGCCUGGAGACCCAGAGCUGGCCUGAUGCAGUCAAUCAGCCCCACUUCCCUCCUGUGCUGCUGAGGCCUGGUGAGGAGUAUGACCACACCACUUGGUUCAAGUUUUCUGUCGCUUAAGGAAGUGUAAAGACCCCCAGGGCCAGGCUGGGGGCCCUUCAACAGCCUGUCUCCUGUCCAGAGAGAAGAUUUAGAGGCUUUACAAGUGAUCCUGUGAAUCAAAAUCAUAUAAAGGGUAGCUGCACAAUAAUUAAUCUGGAUCUUGAUUUCCUUUCCCAGUGACUGGCUACAGGUUCAGUCUAUGACCAGCUCUGUCCUCUGUGUGGUUUAGGGGAUCCAACCGCCAAGGUUCUCACCUAAGCCCUGACCCUAACCCGAAAGGGACACCCAGCCCCUUGCUGUGUUGGCCCCAUCUCUCCACCCUUCUGCUUUCUUCUCUCCUUUUUGCCCCUCUUUUCUUUGAUCCUACUCUCAUUCCGUUUCUUUGUCCUCCUCCCCUACACCUCAGGCCACCGCGUCUCUGCGUAGCAAUUCAGAGCUCCGACAGACCCCUGAUAAGGUGGUAGAUGAUGGAGGGUGAAGGAGCUGAGGCUUAGGGAGGGCAAAUGACCCUCAUAAAGGCACACAACCAGAAGUUUUAGCCAAGAUGUGACAUCAGGUAUCCACAUUCAAGCCCCCUCUUUGCUUCCAUUUCAGUCUGCCAGAGCAUUCCCAGGAUCACUGGUGGACACAGGGGGUUUCGACCUUUGUUAGGGCCAGCCUUUCUUCCCAGAUUCAUGCUUAUGGGAAGCAUUAGUCUGAGUCUGAGUUUAGCUGUCUCUAAGGAUAUGACUUCAAGGGCCAGGUCAAAAUAUCCAGGAAGAAAUCUGUAAUUUUGAUCUCUGCCUUUGGGGUAGAGAAAGCCCCAGCCCAGGCAAGGCGUGGGAAAGAAAGCAAGCCUCUGGAGACAAGAGCUGUGUUAGUGUGGAAAGAGGGCCUUACCUGAGGACUGACUGUAGAGUGCACCUGGCACAAGAUGUUGGUGUUACAUAGUUGAGCCUGGAGCUCCCCCGUUUCCUGAACAAUUGAAUCAUCAGUGAUGGGUUGGGGUUGGUGGUUGGUUUAGAGUUUUAAAGAAAUCUAUCUUCUAUUAUAUGCUAGCAACCACUUGAAAUAAAACCAGAACUUGCACCUUC